AUGUCGGGGGCGGUGUACGACGAUGAACGCGCCUCGCACGUCCCGGCGUGCCCGAACUGCGGACGAGACGCGAUCAAGCUGGAACCGGCGCUGGGAAGUGAAAUUUGCCAAUCGUGCGGUGCGGUGUAUCGAGCGAGCGUGUUGCAGACGACGCUGAAUUGGACCGAGGACGGGGCGGCGGAUGGAACGUUUUUGCAGGAUGGUGCGCACGUGGGGGCGCAUUUGGCGGCGGCGCGGGCGCAGAUGGUGAGCAUGCCGGGGGCGUCGCACGUCACGCGACACAUGUUUCGAGACCGAGAGAGCACGAACUUGUAUCACAUCGCGAAGAGCGUCGAGCACACGGGGGCGCUGUUGAAGCUGAAUAAAGACAUCAUCGCCGAGGUGAAAGAUCUGGUGACGCGAGCGUCCGAUGGGAAGUGGGGUCAAGGGUUGUGGACGAGUCAACUCACGGGGGCGUGCGUGUACUCGGUGUGUCGACAGAAUAAUUUACCGGUGAGCAUGCGAGAGGUGGCGGAGGCGUGCUCGGUGAACGUGUUCACCCUUGGGCGAGUGUUUCACAAGCUCCAAGAGUUGCACGGGCUUAAGAUGCCUCCGUUGGAUCCGGAGAAUUACGUCGCGCGCGCGGUUGCGGCGCUUCCCGAGCUCACACAAAUUUCAAACAAGAACUCCAACGUUCAACCACAGCGAGGGAGCAUGACGCGAAGCGUGAUGAUGGCGCCGACGGUGCGAGACGCAAAGGUUCUCCUGCAGUUUGCGUUCUCUAGAGGUUUGUUGAUUGGGCGCGAUCCAAUUGUCAUCGUAGCCGCCGUCGUCAUCGUCGUGGCUCGUUUGCAUGGCGUCAGAAUCAGCGUCGAGAAAGCAGCCGCGGCGUCGCGCGUGCAGAGCGUGUCUGUUCGUAAGCGUUUGAAAGAGCUACUCGGUGAGAUCAUCUCUUUCGCGAAGAAGUUCCCCUGGGGCGAGGACAUGAGCAUUAAGCGCCUGGACGAUUAUUUGCCCAUCGCCUUCAAAUUCAUACAAACCGCGGAGGCUAACAAGGAAAAGACCACCCUUGACAUCGCUCCGCCUGUGAGCGUGGUCGAUGGUCUUCCUCCCGCGUUCCGCUCGGCGGACGACGAACGGUCGAAGGUUUUGGAUAGCAUUUCAAAGGUUCGCAAGCACUCCAUCGCGACGACAAUCGGAUCGGCGCGCCUGGCGGCGACUGAAGAUGACGACGAGGAGGACAGUGAGGAACCGACCGAGAACGCUGUGAAGCAAGAAGUGGAUGCGGAGGGAAAUGCCACCGGUAGUCGAGAGACUGCGGGUCCGAUCAUCCUGAGUAAGCCGCUGGAGCCAUCGAACAAGGCGCGGAGGAGAACCAACUCGCGCGGCGGAGUGCGCAGACCGAGGUAUGUGCCGUUGAAGAUCGAACCAAAGACGGCCGUGAAGGAAGAAUUAGUCGAUUUGGAGCCGAGUUUACCAUUCGGUCUUCCCGAGGACAAGGAUUUGGGCUGGCAAGAGGUCAUGCUCCACGGGCUCUUGCUUGCGGGCGUUCCAGAACGCUUGCUCUCGACUGAGAUGAAGCCUUUGAACCCUGAGAACCACGAAAGCGUGUUCGAGGCUGGCGAAAUUUUCUCAAAGGCAAUGGCCGAACGAAGCGUCGAUCCAUUGCUUCAAGAGACGGAUGCCGAGCGAAUCGAGCGAGAAGACAAAUUGGCCAUCGAGGCGAUUGACGACGACGAACUGGAUUACAUGUUCAGAACGCAAGAAGAAAUGGAGGUUGUCCGCUUGCUUCGGGCGCACGAAGAGCAAAUGAUCGGCGGCGCGUAA